AUGUUGACAAGUGUCCUUCGCACGCGGGCCCCUGUGGCCGUUCGGGCCUUCACCCCGCUUACGCUGCCCACGCGCACCUUUGCCUCCACCUCGCUCCGUCGGAUCCAAUCCAGCAAAGUCUACCCAUCGGCCGACGAGGCGGUGGCAGACAUCCCUUCCGGCUCCACCGUCCUCUCUGCCGGCUUCGGUCUCUGCGGCACCCCUGAAACGCUCAUCGGCGCCAUCUCCCGUCAUCCUCACAUCAAAGACCUCACCGUCGUCUCCAACAACGCGGGCACGGGCGAUUUCGGUCUUGGCAAACUCCUCCGCAGCAAACAGAUCAAGAAGAUGAUCUCCUCCUUCAUCGGUGGCAACAAGUAUUUCGAAGCGCAGUAUCUUACGGGGCAGGUGAGUCUGCAGCUGACACCGCAGGGUACGCUCGUCGAAAAGUGCCGCGCGGGCGCGUUCGGUAUCCCCGCCUUCUACACGCCUACGGGGUACGGAACGGCUGUUCAGACAGGAGACCUGGUCGUGCGCUACGAGGCACGCGAGGAGGGCUCCAAAGAGCCAUUGAAGGCGGCCGAAAUGGCAAAGCCUAAAGAGGAACGCAGUUUCAACGGUAGGAACUACAUCCUGGAAGAAGCCAUUCAUGGCGAUUACGCCAUCAUCCAUGCGUGGAAGGUGGACGAAGCAGGCAAUGCCGUGUUUCGAUACGCCGCGAACAACUUCUCCGCUCCCUUCGGUAAGAAUGCCAAGAUCACCAUUGUUGAGGCGGAGGAGAUUGUGCCGGUGGGCACGCUGGGGGCGGACGAGAUCCACCUCCCCGCCAUCUUUGUCGAUCGAAUCGUCAAGUCGACGCACGAGAAGCAGAUUGAAGUGCGCACCGUCAGCGACGCUCCCAAGUCCUCCUCCUCGGGAUUCGAUGCGGCGAAGGCCGAAGCAAAAGAGCGUCGAAUCCGCAUCGCCAAGCGCGCCGCACGCGAAGUUCAGGAUGGCGACUACAUCAACCUUGGCGUUGGCAUGCCCUCCCUCGUGCCCAACUACCUCCCCCCCGGCGUCAACGUUGUGCUUCACUCUGAGAACGGAAUUCUCGGCAUGGGCCCGUAUCCCAAAACCUCGGAGUUGGACGCCGACAUUGUCAAUGCGGGCAAGGAGACCGUCACCCUCCUCCCCGGCGCAUCGACGUUCGAUUCCAGCGAAUCCUUCGGCAUGAUCCGUGGCGGCCAUAUUAACGUUACCAUGCUCGGCGCACUUCAAGUUGGAGCUAACGGCGAUUUGGCCAACUACAUGAUCCCGGGUAAAAAGGUCUCCGGUGUCGGUGGAGCCAUGGACCUGGUGAGCAAUCCCGCGAAUACCAAGGUCGUCGUGGUCUCCGAUCACGUGGACAAGAACGGUAGGAGUAAGAUCGUUGCGGAUUGCAAAUUGCCCUUGACGGGAAGCAGAUGCGUUAGUAGGAUCGUGACCGACCUGUGCGUUUUCGACGUUGAUAGGGUCGGAGAGGAGGGUUUGACCUUGAUCGAUCUCCAGGAGGGAGUAAGUGUGAAGGAGGUCAGAGAGAAGACGGAUGCCCCGUUCAAGUUGGGUCCCGGCAUCAAGGAGUAG